GGUGCAGGGCCCAAGCACCUGGGCCAUCCUCCACUGCACUCCCUGGCCACAGCAGAGAGCUGGGCUGGAAGAAGGGCAACUGGGACAGAAUCCGGCGCCCCAACCGGGACUAGAACCCGGUGUGCCGGCGCUACAAGGCAGAGGAUUAGCCUAGUGAGCCGCGGCGCCGGCUGUUUUUUUUUUUGUUGUUGUUGUUGUUUUUGUUUGUUUGUUUGUUUUUUAAAGAUUUAUAUAUUUGAAAGAGUUCCAGAGAGGGAAAGACAGAGAGAGAGAGAGAUCUUUCAUCUGCUGGUUCAUUCCUCAGAUGGCCACAACGACCAGGUCUGGGCCAAGCCGGAGCCAGGAGCUUCUUGCGGGUGUCGCCUGUGGGUAGCAAGGGCUGAAGCACCUGGGCCGACUUCCACUGCUUUCCCAGGCAUUAGCAGGGAGCUGGAUGGGAAGCAGAGCAGCUGGGACACGAACCGGUGCCUGUAACAUGGGAUGCUGGUGGCCCAAGCAGCAGCUUUACCAGCUGUGCCACAACAAUGGCCCCUGAAAAUUCUGUUGAGUUCUAAGGGAACGAUACUUCUUUAGAACGGGUGGGAGUGCAUUUCAGCAUGAUACAGGUGGCCUUUUAAAGUGAGGCUCCCUUGGGGCUAGUGCUGUGGCUCAGCAGGAUAAGCUUCUGCCUGCAGUGCCAGCAUCCCAUAUGGGCGCUGGUUCGAGUCCCAGCUGUUCCGCUUCCACUCCAGCUCCCUGCUGAUGCACCUGGGAAAGCAGAGGAAGAUGGCCGAAGUGCUCGGCACCCUUGUGGGAGACCAGGAAGCAGCUCCUGACUGGCCUGGCUGUGGCAGCCAUUCAGGGAGUGAACCUCCUCUCUCCUCUCUCUGUGUAACUUUGACUUUCAAGUAAAUAAAUAAAUAAAUCUUUAAAAAUAAAUAAGUAAAUAAAGUGAGGCUCUCAGCCGACGUAUAGUCCCUACAUAGGUGUCUGCACCUGUGACUCCAAACAGGAGACAGCGUGACCCUUGGAGUACCAAGUUCAAGACCCCCUGCGUUAGUGUCUGUGUUCUGAAUGUUUUAUAGCAGAGGCAAAACAGGAAGCCAAGGCGUGCCCACGCAUAGGAUGCUAAAACAAAAACCCCCCUCGCUCCCCUUAGAACUUCAGGGUGGCAGCUUGGUUAUGGUACAGACACUGCUGAUUGCUGGCCUGCUGUGACGAGAUAUGGACCACAAGGUGAAAGCUGCAUCAUAUACUCUGGGGGCUUGGGGCGGCUCCUUGCCCAGGCGCAGGGAGUCUGUGUUCCGUGCCCUUUACCAUACCUGCACUGCCUGUCUCUGUUCUUCCCUGAACAGCUGCAACUCAGUGGAGUACUAGCAAAGGUUGGCUUUCCUCACCGACAGCUAACUUAGGGAUGACUUCCUGACGCUGUUCCAAAUGGGAAGUGAAAAGCCCGGGGCUGUUUGUCAGUGGAGGAGUAGAAUUUAAUGUCCUUGGGAAGCGGUGGCUGAUUUCUUGAAACUGGCCUUGGCAUUGUCCCUUAGAUCCUCUUCUGAGUGGUUUAUUUUCUUUUAAAGAUUCAUUUAUUUUUAUUUGAAAGGCAGAGUUACAGAGGGGCAGAGGCAGAGAGAGGUCUUCCAUCCGCUGGUUCACUCCCCAGACGGCCGCAAUGGCUGGAGCUGGACCAAUUCGAAGCCAGGAGUUUCUUCCAGGUCUCCCACACGGGUGUAGGGGCCCCAGCACUGGGGCCGUCUUCCACUGCUUUCCCGGGCCACAGCAGAGAGCUGGAUGGGAAGUGAAGCAGCCGGGACAGUGCCAUGUGGGAUGCCUGCGCCAGCCCCUUCUGAGUGGUUCAGGACCUCUCAGAAAGAUGGAAGGCGUGCCUGCAGGGGAUAGGGCUUGGCCAUCGCUCACGGGUCUCUGCAGCCCCUCAGAGCGGAGAGGCCGAAAUCUGUUCCCUCCGCCCUCCCUCGCUCUGUAAAUAUUGUAGCUGAUCUCUAGAAUUUUAGCAUACCACAUCAGUCAAUACAAAAUUCAAAUUCUUGAGAACUGUGUGCAUCCUGACCCGUCGGGGUGACCGACCAGCCAGCCAGCCAGCCCAGGGUGGCUAAGCCCGCUAACACGGGGUUUAGGAAGACCUCCCCGAGACUGACUUCAUUCUAGUUUUGCUUUGCAUCAUCAGCUUCUCCCCAAGCUGUAGAGAAGGAAUCUCCGAACCCAUGAAGCCUUGUGCAGUACCCUUCUAGAACCCCCAGUGUUACUCUGGUUGCUACAGUAACGACAGAACCCGAGUUUCUUUCAGAGCAUUUUUCAGCUUUCUCUACAGAGGCAGAAAAGUCCCCGGCGGGAGGGAGACCCCAGAGCCCCCGUGGGUAGGCAGCUCCGUUCCCUGCAGUAUCUGUGGUUAUAACUGUGGGUCCCAUCUUGUGUGGCACCGGCCCCCGUCUUUCCUGAGUCUGUCAGGAAGGGAGUGAGGGGCAGCCGAGGAAGCCCCAGCAAUGGGUUGAGGAGGUCCGGGUUCCACAGGGGACAGUUCCGAAGCAUUGUGUUGCCAUAGUCCCGUCGGGGCACUGCCGCCAUCAGCCGCUCGUUACGAGCGAGCAGAUGUGUGUAGAGGUAGCAAGUGGUAGUCGGAGGCCAGGGCUGUCGCAGAGGACUGUGCUAACAACGGGGCUUUGUGCUGCUGGCAGAGUGUAAAAGAGGGCGCCCAUGUUACCCUGGGCCUCGGGACCUGGCCUGCCUCUCUCCAGCCCGCCCGAGUGAAUGGGGUCAGUGCUGGCUGUCUCAUCUAUGCAGUCACAAAGGGUUCUGCGUCUUCUCUUCUGCGCCCUCAUGACCAAUCUAGGUGGCUUAAGAUCGAGAAGAGAGGACACGGACGUGGGCCACCCCCUGAGCAGCUGUAAAGUGGGGCCAUGCACACUGCCUGCCCGUCAGAGCCCUGGAGAGUAAGAAGCUCGUGGCUGGGCAGAGGGCAUGGCCAGGAUUCCUGCAAUUGGAAGAUCUUCAGCCGCACCAUCUUUGGAGAACAAGGAAGAAAAUGAAAGUGAAAUGGCCCUCCUUAGUCCCAAGGAGCCUAACAGAGGACACUCGGAGGAGCAGCGGGCGCACCCUGCGGCCUCUGACCUUGACGCCAGCAUGCAGGGCGCCCCCUGCAGCCUCGCCGCUGGGCUCAGCCUGGACGACUUCAUCCCUGGGCACCUGCGGGCCCGCGUGGGCUCAGCAUCCCAGGGCACACGGGUGCCUGUGAUCCGGAAUGGUGGCUCCAACACCCUUAAUUUCCAGUUCCACGAUCCCGCGCCCAGGACCGUGUGCAAUGGCUACUACCCACCCAGGAGGGAUGCUGUCCGGCACCCAGAGCCUGCCUGGUAUCAGACCUGGCCAGGCCCUGGGAGCCGGCCCUCUGCCAGCCCGAAGACCCCUGCCUCCCCGCACGCCCAGAACUGGUCAGCCACGUGGACCAAGGACAGCAGGCGCCGGGACAAGCGCUGGGUCAAGUACGAAGGCAUUGGGCCCGUGGAUGAGAGCGGCAUGCCCAUCGCCCCCCGAUCCAGUGUCGACAGCCCCCGGGACUGGUACCGGAGGAUGUUCCAGCAGAUUCACCGCAAGAUGCCAGACCUGCAGCUGGACUGGACCUCCGAGGAGCCACCCAAAGACCCCCGACAUCCAGGACCCCAGCAAAGACCCAGCUCCAGGCCCAGCCCAGUGGGGACUUCGAGCCGGAAAAUCUGGGACCACACUGGAGAGCUACCGAGCAGCACCUUUACCUGCAGUCCUGGAGUGUCCUCCUCUGGACCCCCGCCUCCAAAUCAGGCGCCGGUACCCAGACGCCGGGAGAAAGACAGCGUCUGGGCAGAAGACUCGUGGAACCAGUUUCUGCAUGAAAUAGAGACUGGGCAGAAGCCAAAGAAACCCCUGGUGGACAACAACCCUGUGGAGAAGCCCUCCCAGCCCAUCGAGGUCCUGCUGGAGAGGGAGCUGGCCAAGCUGAGCGCUGAGCUGGACAAGGACCUGCGGGCCAUCGAGACUCGGCUGCCAUCCCCCAAGAGCUCGCAGGCGCCCCGACGGACCCCGGAGCCGCGGCCCGCAGCCGGCACGGCCUCCGCCUGGAGCUCCAGCACCCCGCAUGCGUCUCACCUGGCUUCCUCGCGACCCCUGAGCCCCUACAGAAUGGCGGAUGGAGGAAGCCCUUUCCUGGGGCGGAGGGAUUUUGUCUACCCCUCCUCAGCCCGAGACCCCGUGGCCGCCGACCGAGGGGGCAGCCCCGCCAGGAGGGACGAGAAGAAGAGGAAGGCCGCCCGGCUCAAGUUCGACUUCCAGGCGCAGUCCCCCAAGGAGCUGACUCUGCAGAAAGGUGACAUUGUCUACAUCCACAAGGAGGUGGACAAGAACUGGCUGGAAGGGGAGCACCAUGGCCGACUAGGCAUCUUCCCUGCUAACUACGUGGAGGUGCUGCCCGCAGAUGAGAUCCCCAAGCCCAUCAAACCACCGACCUACCAGGUGGUGGAGUACGGGGAAGCCGUGGCCCAGUACACCUUCAAGGGGGACCUGGAAGUGGAGCUGUGCUUCCGCAAGGGAGAGCGCAUCUGCCUGAUCCGCAAGGUGAACGAGAACUGGUACGAGGGCCGCAUCACGGGCACCGGGCGCCAGGGCAUCUUCCCCGCCAGCUACGUGCAGGUGUGCCGCGAGCCCCGCCUGCGGGUCUGCGACGAUGGCCCGCAGCUGCCCGCCACCGCCGCCACCCGGCUGGCCCGGCAGCCCAGCUCCCCCUCGGGGCCGCGCAGCCCCGCCGACCCCACCGACUGGGGGGGCCGCACCUCCCCCCGCCGCACCAGCCUCUCCUUCCCCACCCAGGAGCCCAGACCGCAGGCUCAGAGCCUCAGCACCCCUGGGCCAGCGCUGUCCCAUCCUCGAGGCUCCAGCCAUCCCCUGGACCCGGGGGCCCCCACCCCCCACACCGCUCAGAUACACUGGACCCCGUACCGGGCCAUGUACCAGUACAGGCCACAGAAUGACGACGAACUGGAACUCCGCGAGGGGGACCGCGUGGAUGUCAUGCAGCAGUGUGACGACGGCUGGUUUGUGGGUGUCUCCCGCAGGACUCAGAAGUUCGGGACAUUCCCUGGCAAUUACGUAGCUCCGGUGUGAGUGGUGUGUAUGGGAACCGGGAGCCGGCCAGGAUGGGGCGGGGAGCCGCAGCCCUUCAGGACGGGGAGAGAGGACCGCCACGCCCUCCUCCCCCAGGACCUGCGCUCCCAGCUCCACACACACCCCCGGCAGCCUUUCCCUCGGAGCCCCCUGGAAGCCCCUGGACUGGCUGCCACCCACAGCUUACAGGCGUCCCUACAGCCCUUUCAUCCCCCCUGCCCCCAAAUACAGAGGUCUGCUUUGAAGUGGAGACUGUUGGCAGGCCUUAUUGGGGCCAGACCCUGCGUCCCCUAGCCCCACCCUACUGCGGUGCUUCCUGUAACAGGGGCUGGCUCCCAGCUUCACCCCCAUGGGGUCCCUCUAACAAGGACCGGCUUUCUAGGCUAACAGAGACCAAAGGCGUCCCGUCUCUCCAGCUUGCCUGCUGGCCCCUCUGCCUUCUUGCCCCCAGCUGAGCCUGGGAGCCAAGUGGGAGCCGGAGGCAGCCCCCUCUGUAGCGUCUGAGGCCUAGCCAGAGGCCGCCACGCCCUGGGCCUGAGCUCCACACCACCCCCUGCUGGCCUGACCCAGGCGCUGUGCAGGGGACACUCUGCUGGCCUCCUGCCUCCCAGCUCUCCCACCCGACGCCCAAGUCCCCUCUGGAAGAGAAUGUACAAUAAAGCUGGACUCCGGGCA